UCCAACUUUAAACACAAACGUUUUCCUCCAAUUCUCAAAUAAAAAAAAAACUAGGGUCCUGCUCAGCUGCUCUGCGCCUCUGCCUGUGCGAUUGAUUGACAAUCACUGAUACCACAAUCUGCCGGACGCCCUCCAAUUCUCCACUGUGUAUCAGUAAUGGAGCAGCAGCUGCAAGAGGGUUUUUAUCGGUUUCGUCCUACUGAUUCAGAACGACUUAAGUUGUUGUUGAGAUUCAUUGCUAAACAAGAAAUGAAUGAUUCUGGAUUUAUCACAACAAACAUCGACGUCUAUGGCGGAGAAGAACCAUGGGAAAUUUACAAUCACGGCGUAUCCUGUGGUAAUGAUGAUGAUGAUAAUGCGGAUAGCAGUAAUUAUCGCUAUUUCAUUACAAAGCUGAAGAAGAAAAGCAAGGCGGGGUAUAAUCGAGAGGUAGGUAAUAAAGGGAGUUGGAAACAGCAAGACAAGGCUAAAUCAGUUCACUACGAAAAUGUGGGAAAUUCAUCAUUAGUGGUUAUUGGAUGCAAAAAGAGCUUGUGUUAUGUGAAUAAAGAGUAUUAUAAUCAGAACGAUGGACAUUGGUUGAUGAAGGAGUACGAACUUUCUAGUGUUAUUCUUCAGAAAUUCGACGAAGAUCGUAGAGAUUAUGUUCUUUGUGCCAUCAAAAGGAUGCCACAUUCUACUGAUUAUGCAAGGUGCCUGAAUUAGGAGUUCUUGAUUAUCAAUGGGAUGAAAAGGACUUAACUGAUUUGAAUUGUGAUAAUUGAUAUGCCCGAGGUUCUUGAGAUGUUGGCACAAAACGAAGCUUUUGAGUUUUAUUGAUUAACUGUAUAUUCAUUCUUGAUAGAUAUAUGGUAGAGAUUUGAUUAACAAUGGCAUAUGUCCAUCUUUUUAUCUUUGUAAUCAAAUGGCAUUUAACCUUCCUGA